AUGAUGUACAAAAUCAUCGACCAUUCUCCUACAGACCCCGGAGGAAACAAAUAUGCCGAUGAAUUGAGCAGAGACUACAGAGCGAGUGUUCUAUCUGGCGCGGCUAAACAAGUUUUGAAGACCUUCAGUCAGAAGGAAGGUGAGGGCAAGAAGUACGAUAUGGUAACUCUCCAAAUUGAGAGGUUUGCUCAGUCGCCACACGCAAUUGCCAGUACUGAAGACAACGUCAUUCGGUUGAACGCGGAUUAUCUCCGACGCUAUCGAGGAGAUAUAAAAGAAGAGUUCGCCGGAGUGGUGUACCACGAAAUGACCCAUGUCUGGCAAUGGACCGGCCACGGCAUGGCCCCCGCAGGGCUUAUCAACGGCAUCGCCGAUUACGUGAGAUUGAAAGCGGGGUACGCAUCUAAGGGCUGGCCGAGGAGGGGAUCAGGAUCGAGAUGGGACGAAGGUUAUGCGGUCACGGCUUAUUUUCUCGACUACUGCAAUGGCCUUAAGCACGGUUUCGUCGCGGAGCUCAAUGCUCUCAUGAAAGAUUCCUAUUCUGAGGUUUUCUUCGUCGAGUUGCUUGGAAAGUUCGUGCACCAGCUGUGGCGCGAUUAUAAACUUGCUUAUGGUACCGCGAGAAUCCCCGAGGGCAAGGAGGGUUAUCCAAAGCCAUACACACGCACCCGCCCCUUUGACAAUUAUGUCCCAUGGAAGACAGAUGAUGAGCCAAAGAGCGACGCCUAUUUGAAGUACCUAGAGUAUAAUAAUUACUUUCUGUUGUAA